AAUUCCAGGAAACUCAUAUUACAACUCAGCAGCUCACAGCGCAGAGCUCCGCUCAGCCCUUCUCCUCGGACAACAACAACCUUCAUUUACAGAAGCAAACAAGGUGAUUCGAAAGCAGAAGCAGCAAGGAAAAAAGAGGGAGGAAGGCCUCUCUGAAGGCGGAAAGCAGGAGAGAAGGAGCAGGGCAGCAAACAAAGACGGAUUUCUGUGAAAUCAAGCGGGAGAUGGGUGAGAACACGCCACACCUGUCAGAUGAGGAGUUAAUGGGGUUGUCGGUGCGAGAGCUCAACCACCAUCUGCGAGGCCUCUCCAAGGAGGAGGUGGCCCGGUUGAAACAACGCCGGCGUACACUGAAGAACCGGGGCUACGCAGCCAGCUGCCGGGUCAAGCGUGUUUGCCAGAAGGAAGAGCUGCAGAAGCAGAAAACAGAGUUGGAAAGGGAGGUGGAUAAGCUGGCUCGCGAGAAUGCUGCCAUGCGCCUUGAGCUCGAUGCCCUGCGUAGCAAGUAUGAGGCGCUGCAAGGCUUUGCCCGCACGGUCACCGCUCACGGUACUACUGCCAAGGUGGCUACGGCCAGUGUUAUUACCAUCGUCAAGUCUGGCUCCAACCAGGCAUCGUACUCCUAGUGCCUACAAGCAGAGUUGUGAACUGAGUCCUGUUGCCAUUCCUCUGCCCAGCUCUCACCUAGAACGGCUGUAGCUGCACUGGCCCCUUCUCCUCCUGUUUUUCUUCCGCCAUCUUAAGGAGACUGAAUUGACUUGAAGACAAAAUGGCUGAACGUUGAACUUCCUCCUCUGUCCCCUGUCUUCGUUGGGGGAAGGGUGGGAAGGUGGUGCCUGACUCGUGUUAUUUUUGCUGUUAAUGUGAUCCCUGAAUUGGAAUGCAGUGGCCAGUUAUCCUUUUUCCCCUUCCUGAUCCGCUUUUCUCUUCCCACUUUGUAGUCUGUCUUCUUCCCCUCUAAGUUAGUGUAAUGAGCUGAAGAUGGCUUCUCUGUGGUAGCUGUGAAUACAGCUAUAGAGAAUGUUCGGUUGUAUAGGUAGCAAAAGGGAAAUACCUUAUUCAUGAGGGAGCAAAAACGAUGCGAUGUUGAAGCUAAGGAGAACUGAGAGGAAGGGCGGGGCAUAAAUGUAAUAAAAGCCUGUAUUGUCAGUAAGAACCAAGGAGCAAUCUAGGAGGUCACAAGAACUGGUUACCUUUCAGAUCUCUUGACAGCCCAGGUUGCCCUUGGCCUGUUUGUGAGGAUUGUCAUACAUCCCAAUUUUAUACCAUAAGCGAGCAGCCCUAAGCUGUGAAACCCCAUGUGAUGAGAGCAUUACAAGACCAACCCAAGUUAGAGUUUCCAAUGAGCAAGCACGCUUCAUAGCAAUACAGGAAAGGGGACAUUAGUUGAGGCAAGGGGAAAGAAGGAGGAUUAUUUUGGGGUGAUGACGAGGAUAAUGAGAGGAAGGCGAUCAUGAGGUCCGCGUGAGAGCAAAGUCGCUGGCAUGCCAUACUGUAUAUCAAUACUGUAUAUCAAAGGAGAGACCACUGCUGCCUCCAGCUAUGAAUGCAUGUAAACACUGGUUCAUGUAUACUUUUCACCUAACAGUGCUGUUGGGCUGAGGGUACAAAAUGUCUGUCGUGGAACAGAAGCAACUUCAUAAAUGGUGAGUGUAAGGUGAGGAAAGUAAAGAUGGGGUUGAGAUGAGCCAGGCGAGAGAAGGAUAAAGCACGUGAGAUGGUGGGGUAGGAAAGUGGCAGCAGGGAAGCCUUUCUGUUCCGGUGUAAGCAACAAAAUUUGCCUGACUUUGCAGCUGGUGUGCUGUGCACAGUGUAAUGGGUAUCACAACUGGGGAACAAACAAGGGGCGCAAAAGUCACCCAUUCCCUAAGAAAGCCUGGUGGGGGCCAGUGUCUUACUAGGCUGUAUCAGCUUGUUUGAAAAUGAAUAAUAGGAAGUUGAAGCGUUUCCCCCCCUGACAUUCUAGAGGGAAGUAUUUACAUUUUCUUUCCAUCUUUUGACUUUUUCAUUGUAUGGAAACAUUAGAAAUCGGGAAAGAACUCCUUGCUAAUAUUGUGGAGAUAAGUGUGCAGUGUAUUAGCAGACUCUAACUGCAGGUCUGGUAGGACAGUACAGAAGAAAUGCCAAUUCCUCGCUGUGUUGAUGCUGUUUUUAAACGCUUUCCUCUAACUUUGUUUUCACCCAGGGCAGCGAGUUAGUUUGUGGCCACCUUUACACAAACCAAAACUGAAAGCUCCUAGAAGAGGGGGAGCUAGACAAAGAAAGCCCAGCCAGAAAAAAAUCGGAUUGGGAGGAAUGUGUGAGAGCAGAGAGCUGGUGCUGCCCCUGAAAUGUCUUGUGUCUCAUCGUAUUUUUCUCUUCACCCUGUUGGAUCCUGCUGCAUUACUAAAGCAAAAGAACUGAGGAAACUCCUUGCCGAGUACCCAGAAUCUGAGUGUGGUUUCUCUCCCCGCCUUCUCAAGAAGAUAGGGGGAAACACUCUUGGAUUUCCCAGCAGACUGUUGCUGUUCUGCUAUGAAAGGGCAGUGGGGCCUCAGGGCUAAUUUAGCCCCAGCUGAAAUGGGAUUCUGGGUGUGGGUUUACUUCUUGAAAUCAUUCAAGGGUCUAUGGUGCUCGUGUCCCUGUGAACAACCAGGUUGCCCCUCAUGCCAGGGCACCAGCAGCCUGGUUGGGGUGGGUUGCCUGACUGGAACAUGUCACCUAAGAAGAAGACUACACUGGCCAAGCCGUCUCAGCUCGUCUGCUGUCAUGUGUUAAACUGGCCUGAGACUGGUCCAAACAGGGAGCAAAGCUGUAGAUAGAACCUCCAUACCCAGGAGAGGCUGCCCGGUCAAUCUUUCUGAUCUUUUUUUUUUGUUUUAAAGUAGGCAAGCUAAUAAGGCAGGGAUGGCUUGGAUUCAAGUGCUCCUUCCUAAAUAACAGAAAGGGCAUUCGAUUAGAGGACUCGCAAAGGCACCUUUCCCACUCUUUGCAUAUAAAUUUGACAUAGGAACCGGUGAGCAUUUGUGAGCAGUCACUUCUAGGCAUUGUACCAUUGUGAGUUAUUUAAGUGGCAAGCAGUUACCCCUUUAAUUCUUUAGACAUAUGGGUGGGUUCACCCAUCCUGCAGCUUACCUGUGACAUCCACCACCACCCCCCAUGAUGGAAUCAGCUUCCAAGCCAGUGUUGUCCUCCCUCCCGCUGCUUUAAUGAUUCUCAUGGGUGGGUUCCUUGUUAGCAUUCUUCCCUUCCCCUUCCUCAUUUCCCUCCCUGUGAUUUAUUUAUUGCACGAAUAUAAGUUAUUUUCACGUCCUUUAUGCCAUUCCGCCUUGUGGCACGGCCAGGAUGUUGGUACAGAGCCGUACUUUAUAUUUUAUAUAUGCAAAUCACAUUUUAUCUUCUAUAGAGCAAGAAAAAAAGUACUUAUUUAUUUUCUGACUUACAGUAAGUGUCCUGCCAGACUCCUCUGUAUUUUGUAGACUUUACAAAU